GAGUGUGUGACGCUGUGUGAGAGAGGCCCUGAGAGGGUGCGAGAACCUGAGCGGGAGGGUGAUCUCCGGAGAUCAAGACCCCGGUGUGAGGGAGACUUGUGUUUGUGUGUGUGUGUGUGUUUGUGUGUGUGACAGAGACCUUAGACAUGAGUGAGGCUCCAUAUGUGAAGACCCCGAGUCUGAGGGUGACUCUGUGAGUGUGUGAGACCCUGAGUGUGAGGGGCAUGCUAUUAGUAUGAGAGGGUUAGACCAUGAGUGUGUGAAAGACCCUGACUGGGAAGGUGACUGGGAGUGUGUGAGACCUUGAGUUUAAGACUCUGAGCGUGUUAGACUCUGAAUGUGAGGGAGACUUUGUGUGUGUGUGUGUGUGUGUGUGAGAGAGAGAGAGAGACCCUGGGUGUGAGAAAGACUGUGUAUGUGUGUGAGAGAGAACAAGAGAACUUGGGUAUGAAGGUGACUGUGUGUACAAGACUGUAGGUGUGAGGGUAAGUCUGAGAAAGACUGUUAGUAUAAGACUGAGUGUGCAAGAGGUCCUGAGUGUGAGGGUGACUGGAAGUGUGAAAGACUGGGUGAGAGGGUGAUUCACAGUAUAAGACUGUGAGUAUGGAAGAGACCCUGAGCUAGAGAGAGACUGGGUAUGUGAGACUGUGAGUAUGAAAGACUGUAAGACUGUGAAUGUGCAAGAGAUCUUAAGUGUGAGGGUAGCUUUGUGAGUGUGUGAAAGACUCAGUGUGAGAGAGACUGAGAGGGAGACUGUGAGUGUGAGAUAUUCUGUGAGUGAGAAAAGCCCUUAGUAUGAGAGAGUAUGAGUGUGAGGAAGACUGAGAGACUAAAGUGUAAGACUGUGAGAGACUGUGUGUGAGAGCGGCCUUGAGAGUGAGGGGGAGUAUGAGUGUGAGAGUGUGUGAGUGUGUGAGAGACUGUGUGAGAUGCCCAAGUGUGAAACUGAUUGUAAGAAAAAGAAUCUGUGAUGUGUGAGAGUCUUGAGUGUGUGUGAGACUGAGUGUUUUAGAAACUCUUUGUGAAUGAGCGACCCCGUUUAAGAGAGUGCAUGUGAGUAUGGAGUGUGUGUGGGGUGGCUUCUCUCAGUUCUGGAGCCAGGGAGGGGGUGGCUGCCAUGUUUUGUCCUGGGACCCAAGUGGACUCCCAAGUCCCUAGGUAUCAAGUGCUCAGGCUCACCCAAAAAGGUGGGUGCUGGUGCUGGGUCCCCACCCUUCCCACUUUGGGGCUGGAGUAGAUUCACUUCCGUUCUCUUCUUGGUGCAGGAAUGGAGCUUCUUGUCAGUGCUGGAAGAUUUUGUCUAGACUUGGGACUUGGAGUAUUGGGAUAUUGGAGCUAGGAAAUGGUGUGCUCCUGUUAUUAUGGCUCUUUUGAGUGUCUUUAUAUCCUGUCAUUUUGUUUGAUCAUCUCAUGCCAUAAAUGUAAGGAGAUAUUUGUGUGACAUUCUGAAAAUUCUUCACUAAGUACUAAACAGUGACCGUAUUGUAUAAUGGUCAGUAUAAGUAGGAAUCAACAAUUAAUUCAAUAAAUGUUUUUGAGUACCUGCUGUGUGCACUGGGCUAGGUGCUUUGUGACACAAGUUAAAAAGAAUACAGUCUUUGCCCUUGAUGGGGGAAAAACCACGGGCAGUGAUUCUAGCACCCUGAUAGCAGAAUGCUCAGCCAUUUGGUGCCUUAUCUCUCUUAGAGUUGCUCCCUGAUUGAAGCAGUGCUUCUCUUUGGGCACAGCCAGCAUUCUAAGUGACAGCAACUGUCAUUCCUUUCUGAGGUUGUUUUCACUUCUUUUUGUUUGCCGUGAGGCCCCUCAGAGAACGACCUAAGCUGUCUAAAUUACUAGGGUCCCGUUACAUGCUGAUGGCUUUUGCUUCCAAACUUUGCAACGUCAUUCAAGUUGUUUUAUUUGAUUUUUCUUUUCUGUCAAAUAUGUGGAAAAUCAUAAGCCUCAUUAUUUCCUAUCUUCCUGGCCUCUUCCUCCUUCCCUGUCUGGCUAUGAGGAUAUUUUUAUUGCAGACUAGAAGUAUACACCACUUAUGUAGCCUGUCUCAUACUUCUUCAUAUAGGAAAUUUCCUGACCUCUGGCUUCCUGCUGUAGUCUCUAGGAUGUGGAUAUGUUUUUCCUGAAGUUAAGCAAAGGGUGAUCACCGGAUCCAGGACUCAGGGAGCAGUAGCUGUUUCGGCAUGCAUGAUUUGAGAUGGCCACGGUAGUUCUCUGACGCAUAUUUGGGUCGGUGGCUUCAGUUAUCCACUGUGGGUGUGUUGGAACUUCUCAGUAAUUGAGUGCUGCGCCUUCCGGCUCUAUUUGGAUUUUACAAAGGGAGAUAUCCUGCUGCUUACUAGGUUCAAUUUUUGAUAAGCUGCUUCUUAUUCUUUGUUGCAGAGAUUAAAUGGCCAAGACAGAUGAAUGGAAUUAGGUCCUGCUGUGGAGACUUCAUUUUCUUCUCAGUACCUGACCCAUUUAUGAUGAGGCGGCUUAUGAAAGUGUGAUAUUUGCUUAUUUCCUUACAGGACACAGUAAACACAGGUGUGCAGCAACCAUUCGCCAUGGAAGCUGGGGAGCUGAGAAGCUCCAUGACCAACUACCAUCUCAUCUCUGAGGCCAGCCUAUCCAAGGUGGAAGAAGAUGUCAGCACACCACCUCAAAAGUCCUCGGAAACUAUGCAGCUGAAGAAGGAGAUCUCCCUGCUGAAUGGGAUCAGCUUGGUGGUGGGCAACAUGAUUGGCUCAGGGAUCUUUGUCUCUCCCAAGGGCGUGCUGGUUUACACUGCCUCCUAUGGGUUGUCGCUGGUGGUGUGGGCCAUCGGCGGGCUCUUCUCUGUCAUUGGUGCCCUUUGCUAUGCAGAGCUUGGGACCACCAUCACUAAGUCAGGGGCCAGCUAUGCUUAUAUUCUGGAGGCCUUUGGGGGUUUCAUUGCCUUUAUCCGCCUAUGGGCCUCACUGCUCAUCGUCGAGCCCACGAGUCAGGCCAUCAUCGCUAUCACCUUUGCCAACUACAUCAUCCAGCCCUCCUUCCCCACCUGUGAUCCCCCGUAUGCAGCCUGCCGGCUCAUCGCUGCUGCUUGCAUAUGCCUGCUGACAUUUGUAAACUGUGCCUAUGUGAAGUGGGGCACGCGUGUGCAGGAUACGUUCACCUACGCCAAGGUCCUAGCGCUCAUUGCCAUCAUUAUCAUGGGCUUUGUUAAACUGUGCCAGGGACACUCUGAGCACUUUCAGCAUGCCUUUGAGGGUUCCUCCUGGGAUGUGGGAGAUCUCUCUCUUGCCCUCUACUCUGCCCUCUUCUCUUACUCAGGUUGGGACACCCUUAAUUUUGUAACAGAAGAAAUCAAAAACCCAGAAAGAAAUUUGCCCCUGGCCAUUGGGAUUUCUAUGCCAAUUGUGACUCUGAUCUACACCCUGACCAAUGUGGCCUAUUACACAGUGCUGAGCAUUCCAAAUGUCCUCGAAAGUGAUGCUGUGGCUGUGACAUUUGCUGACCAGACGUUUGGCAUGUUCAGCUGGACCAUUCCCAUUGCUGUUGCCCUGUCCUGCUUUGGGGGCCUCAACGCAUCUAUUUUUGCUUCAUCAAGAUUGUUCUUCGUGGGCUCUCGUGAGGGCCAUCUCCCAGACCUUCUGUCAAUGAUCCACAUUAAACGUUUCACACCCAUCCCUGCUUUACUGUUCAAUUGCACCAUGACACUCAUCUACCUCACUGUAGAGGAUGUUUUCCUGCUCAUCAAUUACUUCAGCUUCAGCUACUGGUUCUUCGUGGGCCUGUCUGUUGCUGGACAGCUGUAUCUUCGGUGGAAGGAGCCUGAGCGGCCUCGACCUCUCAAGCUGAGCCUGUUUUUUCCCAUCGUGUUCUGUUUAUGCUCCAUUUUUCUGGUGAUUGUACCACUCUUCGGUGACACCAUCAAUUCCCUCAUUGGCAUUGGGAUCGCCCUCUCUGGGGUCCCUGUCUACUUCUUGGGUGUUUACCUGCCAGAGUCCCGGAGGCCACUCUUUAUUCGGAAUGUCCUGGUGGCAAUCACCAGAGUCACCCAAAAGCUUUGCCUUUGUGUCCUGACUGAGCUGGAUGUAACUGAAGAGAGAAGGGUUGAGAGGAAAACUGACUAGAGAUCACAGCUGACUUUCCCUGAGGCCCAGAAGGGUGGCCGCCAGUGGGUCAUCUGCUGAAGUUCAGACGUCAAGACUCUGUGGGCCCUGUGGGGUAAAGGGAGUUAUCUCCACACCAGAGCCCAGACUUCCUGGACUCAAGGAUCCUGUUUGCCCCCAUUAUGUAAAGGGCUCAGGAUUUAUGGCCUACCCAGGUGGCUUCCUCAUUGGUAAGGAAUGGGAGGAGACUCAGGGCUUGGGGCCACACUGAAGGUGGGGACUUGCAGGAGGUGGUGGGGUGAAGGCUGGAGAGUUGGUAAGCAGGAGUAUGAUGACCUUUUAGUUUUGUUCCUUGUUUGUAGGUGUAGCUCUUACAAGAACUUACUUGGCGAGUUGUGUUGGGUGAAGAGGGAGCUAGCUUAAUAGCUGUGGCUGGUGGUUUCUGAGUUUGACAUGUUUCUAUAGCAAGGCUGCUUUAUGGAAAGUUUUCCUCUUACCAGGCCCAAGCACCUGACUUUAGAGGUCUGAAAUAUUACCAUUUCUUCCCUUGGCUCAAAGUCCGUCCUGGGGAAAGAGCUGUAUGCCAUUAUUUAUUGACAUUAUUUAAUUCAGAACACCAAUUCUAACAAAGCAUUGGUGUUCAUUCAGCUACAGGAUGCAACAGUCUGGUUGUACUUAAAAAUCCAAAGCCAAGUCCCUCUGCCCUCAGAGGUGUCUCUGUGUGGUGGUGGGUCAGACUCUAGCCACACACAGAUUUAUGCUCUAUUUAGCAGUCUUUUGUUGAAUCUUACCUCCAAAAGUGAACUUCAAAGACUUUUUAACUCAUGUACAUACUACGCUUUAGUAUAUAGAUAAGUCACAGAUUUAUAAGGACCUGGCUCAGGUCCAGCAAGGACAAAGUCAUGAGUCAGAGUCUGUUAAUACUGCUAUUUUGAAGGAUAAUCCUUUAUUUUACUUGAGAUCUUAGGUCUUUCAGUUGAUAGUAGGUAAACCUUGUUUUUCUGAUGUGACGUAUCAAGAGGACAGAAACUGUUCUGGAAUUUGGGUGGACCACUUGAAUUCUUUUGACUGUCAGUGGCUUGGAGAACAUCUCAUGGUCCCAAGCCACCAAUAGAUUGUUCCUUUCUGCAAGGGCCAGUGUGAGGGAAUGCUGUGCAGGCCCAAGCAAGCCCACCCUGGUGCUACAAGUUGUCAUUUGCUUUUCCUGGAAACCUCACAGCAGGCUGCACCCUCCUCCUCUUCCGUUCCUGGCACCAGGUUUUGUUUACACUCUGAGCCUCCUUGGUAUGGGUCAUUGGCAUAGCACACUCCUCCCCUGCCUGCUUCCCCAUGCCCCUGAGGUCUGGCGGGGCUGCAGUCUCAGGAAGCUUGGAUACUUGUGGGGACUCCUGUUUUCUCCCUGUGGAGAUCGGCAAAGACUCUGGGGAAAAAAAAAACUGCUUCAACCUCAGUCUGGCUCAUCAGCUAACUGUGAGUGGAAACAACAAACUCUGGUGCUUAGGCUGGGCUUCAGCACCCAGGUCAGGCCAGAGCAGCAGGUCUGGCCUAAUGGAUCUUCCCUGGUGAGCACCAUGGCUGUACUGGAUUGUACAACUGUCCUGAGAUGCCCUCAGACACUGUCAUCUUGGGCCUAGAAGAACUGGCUGGCUUGGGAAGCCCCAUUUCCUUAGGUUUUGGAAUAGGUCGACAGUAAAGACAAGAACUAUGAGGCAAUCUCCCUUUCUGACCAUUCUCUACCAAACUGGCCCCAGUCACAGACAAGGGAGCAGCUUUGGUGAUCUACUUGCUCAAUAAAGACAAUUUAGGGAAGCAUGACCACAACUGCCUUGAAUUCAAGGCAUGCAUCUGUGAGAACAUGGGGGGACAUUCCUACUGUCAUUGUUUGCAGAUUUGGAUAGAAAAUUCCUGACGACAGGGAGUCUUGUGCAAAGACUGACUUGCCUAAACUAUGUCAACAGGAUUCCUGUCUGAGCCAAGCCGGCACCUGUCCAAGGAAUCCUCCGGGUUUAAUCCUUUAGGCAGAGUGCCCUUGUCCUGAGGCUCUCUGACCCUGGCUUUGGCUUUCUCCACCUAAGUAAAUAACCAGCUAGUCCCAGAACUUGCUGCAGCCCAGUGGCUUUUUGGGGGAAACAAUGGCCUCACAUCAUGCUUAGUGAGCCAUACCAUCCUCAUUACUAGACGAUGAGAGCCUCCUUUAACUCUGUACUCCAUACAGACUUCUCCCAGGAUUGCUUCUAUGGGAAGGAAGCCAGAGACUCCCUACAGCAUUCAAACGUUAUGGUGGAAGUCAUUUCUGCUAGGUCUUUGUUGUUUGUCUUCAGAAAUCCUCCUGGGGUGCUAAUCCCUUUGCACCGGUACAUUUAUGAAGUUGUCAGCCCUUUAAUGCUGGCAAAACUUAAUGAGUACAUAAACAGCAGUGAGCACAUUACAACGGCACGAAGUGGUUUUUAAUCCUUCAUUUCUAUGCCUACAGGAGACUAAUAAGUUAAGCAGAUGACUGGUAUUAGACAUGUAAGUUGCUGUUACUUGCAACAAUUGUACCUUGACCUGUACCUUUGUGGAUAAUUAGGAUGAGAAACCAAUAGUCUUCGUUGGUUUAAUUAGCCACAAUAGUAGGGCCCUAGGUAUGGACAGAAUUCAGUCUCACUUUGACAAGUUAACAACUCCAUGUAGCUAGGAACUAAUGCAGGCAAAGAUGUACAAAAUGGACAUCAAGUAAAAGAAUGGGUGGAGCUGGGAUGGAAGAGUAGAAAGGUUUAUGAAAUAUUAACAGGAAUAGGUGGGAAGAAGGCAUCUCACUUGUCAUUUGCUCUCCCACCAGUUAGUCGGAGACAAACUGUGCCAGGGAAAGGGGGCAUCUUCAUCAAAGGUUUUGUGUAUUGUUUUCCUAGACCUGCACUAUCUAGUGCAGUAGAUACUAGCCACAUGUAGCUAAAUUAAAAAUUCAAUUCCUCAAUCACACCAAUCAAUUUCAAGUGCUCAUCAGCCACAUGUGGCCAGUGGCUACUACUGCACAACGCAGAUACAGAACAUUUUCAUCACUGCAGAAAGUUCUAUUGGGUAGUGUUACACUAGAAAAAAACAUGCCAAGUCGAUCAGAGUUAAGGCACUUGCGGUAUGAAAACGAGUGGGGACAGUAAGUUUGCUUACAAAAGAUACAAAUUCUGAUGACAAAUUGGUCUUAUUGACUGUUUUUGUUGAGUGCUGUGAAGAGUGAGCAUUUCUCAAUGGAAAGUCAAGUUCAGGAUGUGCUUUUCUUUUCCCCGUUGCCUUUAGUCCUUAGUGUCAAAGGUCAAUUCAGAAACUUCUCUUACUCUACCCCCUUAUUUUGUGGGGUGUAAGGUACAGUGAGAAAACACCUAAGAUAGGUUGAGAAGGCUUUAAGGGUUUAAAAGGAGUUACUUCCUCUCAAGGUCAAAGUUAGUCUUUACUAAAGACAUAGUAUCACAUUUAUGCAGACACUGUUCCUUGGUACCACUGCCCAAGGUAGACAGCAAUCUUCACAGCCAUUAUUAGAGCCAAGAAACAGAAAGGUAGACAGUUGUUAACUAAAACCUCCCACAGUUCAGGCAGAUUCUACUUUCUAUUCUUAUGGCCAUUACUAUUCAGUCUGUGCUGCUACAAGGGUCCUACUAUAGCUUUUUCAGACUCCCUCGAUGAAAAGGAACAGACUUUAUUGGAGAUAGGCAGCCUGGCAAUACAGGAAAGCUGAACUUUACUGCUGAUGAAACAGUCAGGAGCCCCUCCUCCCUUACUGGCUUCAGAGUAGGAGAACGGGAAAACGUCUACUCACCAGGCAAAAUGCCUGGAUCGUGAAGCUAAAGGAAGGUUCGUUUUUACUGCAUUUUUUAGACUGUAGGGUUACUUCUGAUUGAGGCAAAGGGCCCCGACUGUUAGUAGAAAAAACUCACUCCCUUAGCAUAGUCUUUACUAUGAAGGGAUGGUGCUGUUGGAUAUACUUUUCCCUUACACAUGUUAACUAGAAACCCUGAGGAUGUCACCAGGGCAGCUCACCCUGCAGUCACAGAGCCCAAAAUGCCUGUGGUAGAGCCUUACAGCUAUCAGAGGCUCAUCCGUCUGAAUCCAGGGAGCUGUCAUAGCCGAACUCCUUCUGCACAUCCAAAGGGUAUUUGCUCCACAUCUGGGGUCUGCUGCUGCCUCUUUCUUCUUCACUGAGGCCGUCAUCUUCAUCAGAGCCUAGAACAAGAUACCAGGAGUGGGCUCUCACUGUAUUAUUUUCUAGGCUAUCAUGAAAGCCCCUUCCCUUCUCAAAAAGGUCUGGUUUUUGUUUCCCAUUAGAAAAUCCUCGCUCAAUAAAGAAAAUUUAGUAAAUAGAUUAAAAAAAAAAAACAACCCCAUCUAAAGUCCCUUAACUUUGGAGUAUUUUGUCACUCUCCCCACUCCAGUAUGGGAUUUUUCUGUUAUAAUAUUUGUAGUCACAUUGUAAAUAUAAUUUUGUACGUUGCCCCCUUUCCUAUCAACGUGUCAUAGACACCUCCCCAAUAAAACAGUCCUUUUUUUUUUUGAUUAACUAUUCUUCUGUCAUCAGAUACCAAGAAAUUCUUUCUGUUGGCCCUUACAGUCAUCAAAACAACUAUGUCGCCCAAGUAUCCUUACUCUUUCCCUAGGUACCACGUCUUUCUCCAAAUAGUCAUAAAUGCAGCAACUACUUGAGGUUAGAUAGCUGACCUGUAAAGAUCCUGGGCCCACUCCUAUACCUGGUUCAUUGCGUACCUGUGAUCACAGAUUGACCAGCUGAACCUUUUUCUUCAAGUGUAUUUAAUACUUUCUUGGCUGAAGUAAGGAAAGGGAAACUGAACUAGAUGUUUCACUUAAUCCCAACUAUUAAGCUGGUACAAUAUUCUUAUUCUCUGGAUGAAGAAACUGAGGCUCUGUGAGGUGAGGUAAUUUCUCCAAGACCCAUAGCUAGGCAGUGACAGAACUAAAAAUGUGAAUCCAGGCCUGAAUGACAUUAGGUCCUCAGCAUUCUCCUUGCAAACACUGGUUCUUGGGUUUCCUAAAGCCACAGCGGCUUGUGGCCCAGCCGUUGGUGCUACAUGGCAGAGAAGGAAAGCCAGACAAGAUGUGUCUAUCAGCUGUGCUCACACCUCAGCCUGGGCUCCCACCACUCCUUCCCCAUCUGGGGUGCGCCCUACCUCUGGAAUCUUCGUCUUCAUCACUGCUCUCCUCCUCUGGGUACUCGUUUCGCCAGUUAUUCUCACUGUUCUCAUCAUCUUCAUCUUCAUAAACAUCCUCAGGUUGUUGGUCUUCAUUUACCUGCACAUCUCAACACAAACAUAGGCCUAAGUCAAAACAUCUAAGGUUAUGCUCUUUGGGGGAAGCUAUUAGCAGACCAGCUUGCGGAGAUGUCAUUUACAGGUGCUAUGUAAAAAAGGGGCAGACUAGGAGUUAAUUUGAUUCUGUUGCACAAAAGGCUAGAGUUGUUGUAGGCUACUGGGGGAGGUAGUAGCUCUACCCCACUCAGAAUUCAGCUCUAAGCACCAUAUUCCUGGCAGGAGAGGCUGAACUCCACUAGUACGGAACACAUCAGGGUGGGCAGGAGCAAUGGCUCUGAGCAGGUAAUAGUAGCCAUCUUCAAUCUCCUGAAGCGCAGCCAGGUGGAAGAGGGAAUUACAGAUUAUGGGUGAUGCCAAGGUCAGAACCCAAGCCCAAAGGUAAGGGUGCGGGAAGGCAGGAGGGGCCCUGCUGUGGUCCCAGAUGGGUGCCUGACUGCAGCUAAGUGAUGGAUAAGGGACUUCUCUCACAAGUAAGACAGUUAACUUUUGUCAUCAAUCAUUUUAGAAUUUGUUUUAAAAAAAUUUCACGAUGGCAGUUUUCUUCAUCCAAGGUCCCCGUUUCAGAUACAAUUAAAAAAAAAAAUGUUCUUAUUCAUGUUAAGAAUUUUUGGUUUUGGUUUUGUUUUUUUUAUUGUAAGUCCCCACACAUUUUUUUCCUCCUGAAAUUGGGUAGAUAUAAACAAUAAACAUGAUGUUGCAUCUUUGUAAAGGAAUCAUUAGGAGCAAAAAUUAGCACGUAGGUUGUCUCUCACAAUUCCUUGCACUAAUUCCAGGUUUCUAAAAGGCAUUUAGAAUAAAUUUUUCCUUUUAAGCAAGGACCUGAAGAACUAAGGACACUCAAUCAGAGUGGAGCCCAGGGAGACAGAGGCACCCUGACUGAAGAAUCAGCUUAAGCUGCCUCAUGCCUCCUCCUCAUGGGCCCCCUUACCAGCUCCCAUUCUUGGCUGUAGGGCUGCACAGAGAGGAUGUUUUCAAUCCACCCUGGAGUGGGCAUCUCCAAGUAGUAAAUGUCAUACACAUAGUCGCCAUCUUUCUCUUCCUCUCGAUGCCCAACUCCUGGUCCCUCCUCAGAGAUGGUCAACCGCUCACGGAUCAACUCUGUAGAAUUGCAGAGGAUCACAUCUGGGUCAGACAUCUGUAAAAAAAGAAAAACAGCAAAUGAUAUGUGCAUGACCCCAAAAAUCGAAUGUUCCAAGGGCUGGAAACCUAAGAGCAGUGUGAAGGAAGGCUCCCUAAAGUUCUUUAAGUUGGAUUCAAAAUUCUUAUCCCCAUGGUCUACCAGUCUCUUCUUCGUUAGCUAUAAAAUUAAAAACAAGAAGCUCUGUAAAAUUAAUGUGUGGUCCUAUUUUUGAGGUAGAAACUUACAGCCUCCUGAUCUUUUGUGCUUGGCUGACACAAGAGAGCAUAUGGGAGGACUAGCCUGAGAAGGGGAGGCCAGUAGAGCUUGGCCCCAGGCUCUGAGUCAGACCUGCUUCAAAAGGCCUUCUUUGAGCUCCUUUGGUAUGAUGCUGUCUCCUUAGGGACUCCUAAGCCCACAGCAGUGCCUCUAUGGCUGAUCCCCAAAUGGGUCUGUAUUUCUAUCACCUGUCACUUGGUUUUUCCUACGAUGACACCUUGCAUUUACUCACAAACAGGGAGAAGACUCACCUAAAAAUCUAAUUUCUGCUGGAAAAAACGGUUUGAGAUGAAUUGCCCCAGACUAGAACUGGCCCAGGUACCGACAGGUUGUAUUAUCCAGGGCCUUGGUAGCACAGGUCAGUUUGGAAACUAGGGGGACAUGUUGCAGAUCAGACAGCUAGACAUGUUCAUUACAGGAGGAUGCCCAGCUUGAACCAGACAUCACAGAGAGAUGUGGGGGGUGUCCAUAGCCAAAGCAGAUAAGGGGAGACCAAGGCUCUCCAUCGCUUACAGGCUAAAGGGAAUUCUUUCUGGCUACGUAGUCACAAAUUAGAGAGAUUUUUUGUGCAGGCUCUUGACCAGCCUCAAAACUGUUUACGAGAAAAGUUCUGGCUCCAUCUCACAAGCUCCCAGCCCUCAGUCCUGCAAAUUGUGCAGUC